AUGUGUGUGUUGGUAGGCCGUGGAGACGCUCAGUGCGACAGCUGUAUUGAGUACUGCUGUGAUGGGGUUCCUCCUUUCUGCUGCUCUUACUAUGCGUAUGUGGGAGACGUGCUCUCCUCAGCUGUCUGCAGAGGCUCAAAUGAGCCCUGCUGUAAUACUCUGAGCACUAGAGACAGGUCCCAAGAAGGUCCUCCACCUCCUUAUAGCUAUGAUUAUGAGAUGUAUCCUCCUGAUCUACGGCCGCCUCCAUACACACCAACUCUACCCAGAGUGGCAAACUACUCUCCACCUCCACCUUAUCCAGGCUACAGCCGCAAAUGAGCCUCCUUAUGUGCCUGAUUCUGAGAGGAUGAAAGUUGCACUAUGAAAUGCACACAAUGAAAACAACACAAACUAGUGUUGGACUGCCAGUGCUCUGUCAAUAAAGCAGGGAUUUCCACUCACUGGACCAGCCGCAAAGAUGAUUCUUACAUGGGGAUUUGAUUAUUUUCAUUCAUGGCAUGGACAUUUAUGGUCUCACAAAUCUAAAAAACACUAAUAAACAUUAUUAGGAAACAGGAGACCAGGACAGGCCUAAAAACUCAAGAUAAAAAAUGUGAUUUGGUAAAUGUAUUUUCUUGUGAUGUGGUCGAAAUCAGUGUUAUUUCUUUAAAUGUCAAAUUAAAAUACAGCAAAAUUAACUGUUAAUAUGGGAGUAAACUUCAUAUGUGUUGUACAGUACAGAGUAACAUUAUAUUCUUAUACCUACAAUGUGUCUGUGUGUCUUGAUUACUUUCAAAACAACUGAGGAAAUAAUAUGCUAAAUGUAUUUAUUCAUAGAAAAUUGAAAGAGCAACUUGUAUUUGUAGUUGGCUACUAGCUAUUAUAAAAACAUACCAGAUAGUUAACUGCUCUCAGAA